UUGACCCAGGACCAGUAUGGACGCCGCCGACUCAUCGAUAUCUAACCACAUUUUUAGUAGGUGUCCUGUGUGGCGCACGCGGCACCACGCUAGUCAGGAUCAACUCUCGUCUCACUUUAUAGCCGCAGCGCGUUGCUGUAUGCAUGCUCACCUUUGGCCGACGUUGACCCAGGAGGCCAGGACCAGGAUGGACGCCGCCGACUCGUCGCCGAUGGACAUCGUCCUCUUCCCGUGGCUCGCGUUCGGUCACAUGCUCCCCUUCCUCGAGCUCGCGGAGCGUCUGGCGGCCCGCGGUCACCGCGUCUCCUUCGUCUCGACGCCGCGCAACAUCAGCCGGCUCCCGCCGGCAGUCGACGUCCACCUGGUGGCCCUGCCGCUCCCCCGCGUGGAUGGCCUCCCCGAGGGAGCCGAGGCCACCACCGACCUCCCGCCGGGCAAGGGCGAGCUCCUCCAGAAGGCCUCCGACGGCCUCGCCGGGCCAUUCUCCGCCUUGCUAGACGGCGACAAGAAGCCGGACUGGGUCGUCGUCGACACAUUGCACUACCUAGCCGCCGCCGCCGCCGUCGACCGGGGCGUGCCGUCCGUGAUGUUCGCCACCUGCUCCUCCGCGUCGACCGCCCUCUGGGGCGUUCCGCGCAUGUCGACGACCGUUGACCCGGAGCUAGGGGCUUCGCUAGGCCAGCGCUUCAUGUUAACCUACCAGAGCUGCAAGAUGGUGGCACAGCGGUGCUGCAUGGAGUUCGAUCCCGACAGCGUGGUUCUGCUGCCCGGCAUCUACGGCAAGCCGUUCGUCCCUCUCGGCCUGCUGCCGCCGCCUCUGAGGUCCAACGGAGGCGACGCGCUCGUGUCGUGGCUCGACCGGCAGCCGGCGAAAUCCGUCGUCUACGUCGCGCUGGGAAGCGAGGCGCCGCUGAGCACGGAGCUGGUGCACGAGCUAGCCAUCGGCCUGGAGCUCGCCGGGGCGGCGUUCCUCUGGGCGCUGAGGAAGCCCAGCGGCGUCCCCGACGACGAGGUCCUUCCUCCGGGUUUCCAGGAGCGCACCAAGCACCGCGGGCUCGUGACAAUGGGGAUGGUCCCGCAGACCAGGGUGCUGGCGCACGACUCCGUCGGCGCGUUCCUGACGCACUGCGGGUGGAGCUCCGCCAUCGAGGGGAUGCAGUAUGGACGCCCCCUUGUCAUGCUGCCAUUCUUCGGAGACCAAGGGCCAAUCGCUCGGCUAAUGGACGGGAAGAAGGUUGGAUUGCCGGUGCCUAGGAACGGCAAGGAUGGAUCGUCUUUUGACCGAGAAGGCGUCGCGUCGGCGGUCCGGGCCGUCGUGGUGGAGGAAGAAGGUAGACGUGUCUUCGCGGCCAAUGCCAAGAAGCUCCAACAGAUUGUCGCGGAUACUGCAUGCCACGAGACGUGCAUUGAUAAUUUCGUUCAGCAACUACGAUUCUACAAGGGGUAGUGACGGCCGGGCCCAACGCGUUUUCGUUUGUGUGGUAGGGCCUAAAAAAAACUUGCGGGCACACGCAGCGCAUCACUGUCUGGUCUGCCUAAAAUAAAUCACUGUCUAGUACUUAUUUUUGGAUGAGUCGUCUCGUCAUAUUUUCAAGUGCUAAAAGUAAAGUAAAAUGUAUCACUGUCUUUUUUUUGCGGGGAAAA